AUUGUAGUAUUUUGUAGGUUAAUUUAUUAGUUUAAUAAUAAUUCUCAGAUUUAGAUAGAGUGAAGAGAGAGAAACUGCCUACCCAAUACAUAUUUCUUCCAUUGCCAUAACUAUGAAAUAUAGGCUGAUUUUGACAAGCUACAGUAUAUUCAAGUCGAUUAAUUCAAGACUUUCAUUAAGACACUUUUCUUCUAAAGUGCCUUUAACACCGGUGAAUACUUUAGAGAAACAAGAGAGUACUAGAGUGAAAGUUGAUAAGAACACCUUAGCGCUUUUAGAAAGACUGUCUCUAGUUAAAUGUGACACAGCAGAAGGGGUGAACGUAUUAGAGGACUCUAUAGCAUUUGCUGAUAAAAUUCUUCACAUCAAUACGGAUAAUGUCGAACCACUAUACUCAGUGCUAGAAAAGGAGAACUUAAGUUUACGAGAUGAUGUUAUAACACAAGGAAAUUGCCAAAAAGAUAUUUUGAAAAAUGCUACUGUGGUAGAGGAUGACUAUUUUGUGUCACCCCCAGGAAACAUACCUCUGCAUGAAAUAGAAGUUGAAGAAAGAACAGCAGAAACAAAAGAAAAUGAGAACUGA